UUGGGGGGUUCAUCCAUGGUAGAAGGUUUUGAUGUUUUACUGUGUUGUGUUCUGCUGUGGGAUGCAGAUAUUCUAGAAUAAAAUUGCUCUAGUAUUAUGUUUGUUCUGAUUUGGCAGGUGAAUACAGGUUUCAAAUCUCAGUAGAUGUUUAUUGGGGCUUAUGGGACUUUUGAAAUUCACAAUAGUUUUACUAAACUUUUUUACCUUAAUGCACUCAGCUGUGUGAGUGAGUUACUUACACGUUACUGUGUCAGCUGAUCCAUGGUAAUUGUCCUGUUUUGCAUUUGUCUGUGGCAGUCUGGUCAUGUAAUAAUGAAGUCUUAACAGAAGAGAACUUUCUCUUAGUGCUUCAUAUGUGGAGACAGAAAAAAGAUCUGUGCAUUUAAAAACAAAAAAACAAAACAAAAAAAAAAACAGAAUGGAGAAGGAGACUGAAUCACUGUCCUGUGGGAUUGAUCCUUGGAGCUCUGGAAUGUAGAAAGUCUGUUGUUGCUGUGAGUUUCAUUGCAGCAUUCCUCUGUCUGAUCAUCGUUCGUCUCACCAAUGAAGUAACUUUCCCUUUGAUUCUAAACUGCUUUGGACAAACCAGUGUCAAGUGGAUACCAUUUUCUAAUGGCCAAAGGCAGCCUCUGAGGACUCACUAUGGAUAUGUAAACGUGAAAACACAAGAGCCUCUACAACUAGACUGUGAUCUCUGUGCCAUUGUUUCAAACUCAGGACAGAUGGCUGGCCAGAAGGUGGGAGCUGAGAUAGACAAGUCCUCGUGCAUAUGGAGGAUGAACAAUGCUCCCACAAAGGGCUACGAGGAGGACGUUGGGAAGAGGACAACCAUAAGAGUGGUCUCUCACACGAGCGUGCCUCUCCUACUCAAGAAUCCCGAGUACUUUUUCAAAGAAACCAACAGCACUGUUUAUGUGAUCUGGGGACCUUUCCGAAACAUGAGGAAGGAUGGAAAUGGCAUUGUGUACAACAUGCUGAAGAAAACUGUUGACAGCUACCCAGCUGCCAAAAUCUAUGUGACAACAGAAAAGCGCAUGAGUUACUGUGAUGCAGUGUUCAAGAAGGAGACAGGAAAAGACCGAGUCCAGUCAGGUUCAUAUCUCAGUACGGGUUGGUUUACCUUAAUUUUGGCUAUGGAUGCCUGCUAUGGAAUUCACGUCUAUGGGAUGAUAAAUGACACCUACUGCAAGUCAGAAGGCUUUCGUAAAGUUCCCUACCAUUAUUACGAGCCAGGAAGAGAUGAGUGUGAGGAAUACUUCCUGCAUGAAAAUGCUCCAUAUGGAGGCCAUAGGUUUAUCACGGAAAAGAAAGUAUUUGCUAAAUGGGCCAAGAAACACACAAUAGUAUUUACACACCCCAACUGGACAGUGUCUUGAUACUGGUUUUCUUAACUCUCCCUUAAUAGCAUAAUAUUACAAAAACGUCUCAGUUUACAAUGAUUUUGCUGGCAGGCCUUUCUCAGCCUAGGUAACACUAAACUAAAAAGUAGAAGACAAAGAGGGUGGUGGUUCAGCUGUUAAGCAAAAUUUAUCAAACUGUGGAAGGCAGACACAUUGCUUGUUAUUUCUUAGGGUUUUACUCCACACAAUGCACUUUAUACUUUAACUGGAUUUUACUUCAGUAGUUAAAGGCAGGUGAGAUUUCCUGUAUAUACAGGUGCACACAGGGAACAUGGUGGUCCUUUAAAACUUGUUCAGUAUCUUAGUUAAUUAAAAAUAGUAUUUGCAACUCAUUUGCAGUACUGAUAGUAUUGCAGCACUAGUUCCAUUUGCAGUAUGGAGAAUUUUCCAGAAAGGAAAUAUGAAGAAAUAUACAGACCUCCAAGGUGUGCUUGUCUUAUCUAUGAGUAAGCAAAUGUUAAGAAACCACCUAAAUACAUUGAUACAUGUGAGCACUUGCAUAUACAGUAAAUUUAGAGAUGAGCUAAACAUGGUUCUUGAACUGCACACAGCU